AUGAGUCCUAUGAGCCCACGAAGCCCUUCUAGCCGGCAGCCAGAUGGCCCACGACUGCCCUUUCUGCAGAGUGGCGAGGCGAUAGAAUUUCUGGGGCGUGUGAAGUUCGUGGAGGACCAGCUUGGUGCUCGCAUGAGGAUCCGGAGGCAGCGAGCUGCAGCCAGGUGUCUCCUAGUGGUGCUGCGAUCUUGGCACCCCUUUGCAAUUCAGCGAAUGAUGCGGCACAUUGCAGCCUGCGUGAAGCGAUUGCAGCAAUUUCUUCACCGUGCCGUGUUGCGAUUAAAAGCCACCCGCAUCAUGGUAAAGGCACAAAUGGUCCAGAUUGAGCGGGAACUGGUGGAGAAGGACACGGAAACGAAGAAUCCAAUCCCACCGGCUGUCGUCCACCAUGUUGGCCCAGCGGUUUGUCGGGCCAAGCAUCGGAGGAGCUUUCAGAGGAUGAUGCGAAAGCGGACCCCUCCAAGCGUCGAGCAAAGGUCUCGGCACAAGAGCAGGUGGGACGAGUGA